CAGACCAACUGGCAAGCACUGCACUAAUGAUUGCAGGAAAAAGUAUGGACAGAGCAGACAUAUCUACAGUUCCCGGAAACAACGACCAGCAUCAUCCAUUUCUGAAAUACUAGAGGAGUUAGAGAAACAGCAACAGUCUUCUGCCAAUAGUUGCCAGGAACACAUUGGAAAAGAACAUAAUGAGAAGGGCUUAGAGAGGAAUCGCUCGGCAGAUCCAAUUAGAAAUGACGAUGUGAUUUAUUUUAACCCACCUUUGUUGCCACCAAUUCUUGAUGAGCUGGAAGAGUCCAGAUUUAGCAGCUUCUCUGGCCUUCCAUCCAGCUUCGGGGGUGACAGCUACCAGAAGGCUGAUCUACUAGAGGGUUCAUAUUCUCCGCUUGGCUCAAAUCACAUGGCCAAUGCUGCAGAAUGUAAUGGUGACUCAGGAUAUGAAGCCGAAUCAAGGCCAGAGAUCACUGAAGAUGACAUGACCCCAGAUACACUUCCAGAUGAUGAUUCAAGGCAUCACCAGAAACCUCUCUCUUACAACAUUCCUAAAUUUCGCACUCAAGGUUCUAAUCAUCGGUCAGAGAUCCAGGCGAGGGAAAGGUUAUUACAUGAAGGAACAGAAGUGUAA